CUUUCACCCCCCCUUCUUCUCUGGGAGAGGAUAGAGGAAUUUGGAGUAGCUCCAAAUUUAUUCAAUAUAAAAUGCACAAAUCCACACCGUUGUUCACUACAUUUUGUUUGCAUGCUCCUGUUCCAUGCUCUCUGUUGUAUUUUGUUACAUUUGUCCUCGUGUAUUGUCGCCAGCUCUAUUGCCUGUUUUACUCUGAAGUUAUUGCUGUCUGGAUUACAUGUUUAGCUUUGUUUCCUGUUGUUUGAUCAUUCCUGAUCUGAUUCACCUGUUCACUUUCUCCCUGCUCAUUUACCCCUGUAUUUAAUGUGCUCAUUUCUGUUCAGUCCUUUUUGUCCUCGCCGAAUGUUGAAUGUUCUGUCCUGCCUCUGUGUUUUGAAUUACUCUGUGCUGUUUCUGGAAUUACUACUUUUGGAUUCUGCUUUUGUUGGACAUCUGUCGUGCUUCAAUGCAAGCCUGUAUAGUUAGUUAUUUUUUUUUAUAAAUCACAAGAACUGCAUCCUGCAUGUUUUGUCGGUGUCUGCAUUUGCGUCAACACUCUCACUUUACCUGCAUCUGCAUCAGCCAAACCUGACACUUUCUGUCUCUAGGAAAUAGCCAUAUACUAGCACUCAAAAGCUCUCAACUUCUUCUGCCUAAUCAUUUUUUAUAUGUAACCAAACUAACUGCCAGCGAUAUAAAUGGAUGCUUUACAAUCCUAAAUAAUGAUACAAAUUGCAAUGUGUAUGUCAAAAGAAUACCAAACCAGAUGUACCAUUCAGCCAACACAUGCUCACACCGGUCUCCUGAUUGAAAGCCCAGGUUCUGGCCCUCCAUCCACUGCAACUGCCUCUUUACUCAGUCUUUUCUAUUAAAUAUCAUAUACCUAAGUUACCGUCCAAAACUGAAGAUACAGGCCGUUCCCUACUGCAUUGACCUUUGACACUAUGGGGAUCCCCAGUGCGUUUCAAACUGACGCUGACGGGUCUUGACCAUGCAUUCAUAUGUGAUGACUUGGGAGUGAGAACAAGUUGAUUCAGCACUAUAUUGAGUGCUUGUUAGCCUGUUUGUUCUGCCUACAGACUUUGUCAUGACUUGCUGUCGCAGUCUGGUUGGUUGAUACACAAUUAUUAGUGCCUGUUAGUGUUGGUGAUUGUUCUGCAUUAUUUUUAUCAUCUCCAGGUAAUUAUUUCUGCUACUAUCAUAGUAGAUUUUUGUUUAAUUACUGUAAAAACAAAACACAUGUAGCAUCAACAGAAUUAUCUCAGUCAGUAAAGUAAAACACUAUUUGAUUUCAUUUUUGAUCAACUUUACAUAGCCUACAGCUUGUUCUACAGCUCUCAUGUUUUGAGAAGAUAAUGAAGUAAAUUGCUUUACUUACACUUGAUACUCUCAUAUCCUGUUAGUGUGAACUGGUGGAUUUAGUUUAAGACCUGGUGGAGCUCAAAGCCAUGUGGAAAGGAGCCAACAGUGACACAGAGAGGCAUCCAUAGUGGUCCAGCCCUCAUCGCUGGCCUCCUGCAGGUUUCUGCCCUUGCUCUUGGCUCCCUGGUCAACCCCCUGACUUGCUCUGCUGGCUAAACCCCCAAGCUGCCCUCCUGACCUGCUCAGCCUGACGUGUAGACCUCCGGGUCAUCUCCCAGAACUGUCAUGGUUUUGGCGUUUUUCCUGUUGUAUUCUUUUUAAACUCUUCCUAGUGUGUGUUAAUGUUUAUCAUGUAUUCUCAGUUAGGUUUUGUUAGUAUGCUCCUCUUCCAUGGUGUUACUCAGUGUUCGGAGUAACGCUUUACAAAAGUAACGCAAUUACAGCAACAUAUUGCUUUUUGCUGUAACGCAAUAAUAUAAUGCAAUACUAAAAGAAAAUCAGUAAUUUUAUACCUGUGAGGGACCAGGCAGUUAGGCAUGAGGAGUCAAGAGGGAAAUUCAAAGAAGGGUUUUUAUUUACCAAAAAAUCAUUACAAUAAAAGAUAAAGUUUCGGGCCCAUAAAAGAGGUCAAAUAAACAAACGGUAACUAAAGCUCUGAACAUAAGAGACUCAAAAAUACAACUGACCUCCUAUACAAGAAACAAAGGGGACUUAUAUUGGCUGAUCAGACCAGUUUUGACACACAUGGAAAGACUAACAACCACAACGCUACUACAUAACUACAAAACCUACCUAAAAACUUAUUCUAAAAGAAAUGAACAUUUAAUUAACCUUUACUCAAAAUACUCAAAUAUAAUAUAAAUCUAAACCCCAAAAUAUUUAAGGAGAGAAUAAAACCACCCCCCAGACAUAGCAAGCAGUGGUAGUGUCCAAUUAGGCCACCUCCCCUAUAAAGCUACUCCUGCUCCAAGCACCAACACUUUAGCAGACUUCCUGGAUCUCUCCUGGGUGUGGCAUCCAACACUGGUAAACUCAGAAACAAAAUUAUAACAAAAUGACAAUCCAAAAGUAACUAAUGGUGCGCACUCCAAAAAGAUGCUUCUGUAUAGUCAACUAAAUAAUGUUGUGAAUGUGAAAUGAACUAAGUGUCCUGUAAGUUUAUUUGUAACCAAAUAAAUAUUUGCAACAAAUAUCUAAUGUGUAUGAAGAAGGUAUAUAAACUAAUCCUAAAGAACACAGCAUAAACUCAUGAGGUUAGUGCUCUUCAUCUGGUUGUGAGGCCACGGCUGUGGCCAUCACAAUACCCAUUACAAACAAUUUUAAUUCAAUUUUAACCCAAAAUUAAGAUGGUUUUGUUUGUUUAAUAAUUCACAAACACAGAAACAUUUUGCCUGCAAAAAACAGAACUAUGAGUAAAAGAGUAAUGUUAUUUCCUGUUUUUAGAGUUUUUUGCAAACAUUUCUUAGCUUAUUAUUCUGAAAUAAUUUCGCAGAUCAAAAUUUCCUCAACAAACUUUUAUCAGCUUGGUCCAGAUUUUGGUGCUGAUUGGACUUACUGCUGGUGAGGAGUUGAUUAAAAUAGGUUUUUCAGUUUUUGUGGAAAAAAAUAAAAUAAAAUCUAGGCGGUGGAAGUGGGCGUGGCCUAUAGCGGGAGAUUCAGCUCAAUCCCCUGAACACAUGUGGAUAUAAGGUUUUUGAAAUGCGCCUUUGUAUGCAGGAGUUCGAAGCCCAAACGCAAUUAUCUUGCUUAUAGCGCCGUCUAGAGGUAGAAGUGUGUGAAUUGUUGCACAUGAGGUACUCGCGUGGGUUUGGACCUACCCUAUGAGUUUGGCAUCUGUAGCACUUGCCGUCUAGGCUGCAGUAUCACUUUAAGCGGCGGAAGAAUAAUAAAAAUCUUUAGGAUUACAAUAGGGUUCCCAUGCCCGUCUCGGGCUUGGAUCCCUAAUUAACAAAUUUGGAGCACUGUGUGGCCUUUUGGGGUUUUGUGCUUAGAUUUGAUGUGUAUUAACUAAACUUGCGUUGUGUUGAAGACAGAUUUGUGUGAACUGUUUUUUAUAUUAAAAACCAGCACAGCGCUUUGUUUUAUCAGUUUUGCUGUGUGUAUGGUCAGCUUAUGAUGAUAGUUGUGCUGUGGAAAAGAUUUUCACACAUACUGUGUUUGACCAGACUUUCAUUCCUUAUGUUUGGAUUUAUAUGGUGAGUUCUCUCUUAUAUGGACAGAUCUUUUUGAUCAUUCUCACCUGCCUAUCUUUAGUGGAAACUCCUUUUUUUUUUUCUCUCUAAAUUGCAUCUAUUCUCUCUUUCUCUCUUUCAUUCUUUAUCUCCUCCCUCCCUUGUUUACCCGUGUAGGCUUGGGAAAAUGAACACAUUAAGUGGCAUCCAGAACAUUUUUGUGGACUUUAUUAUUUAUCAGUUCCUACUGAAGCAUUGUGGAUGCCAGAUAUAACUAUUGAAGAGAUGUAAGUUUUAAUGUACUGUAUUUGCAUGUCACAAAUCUGCAGACUCACAACAGUAACUGGUGAUAUAGUCUCAUAUUACUGUUUAGAAAUGGCACAAAAACUCAAGCAUUUGGAUACCAAAUAUUAAUGCAAUCACAUUUUCAAUGCAGUGUUUAUUUAAAAUAUGUAUUACAAAUAUGUAAAUUUAGGUGAUUGUAGUUGUCUUUACACCUAAUCCAGUGCAAGGCAAACUCAACUUCUCUGUGUUACACUUUAAUGAACCCUUUAUAUCUACAUAGGGAGCAUGUCCUUUCCCAUGGAGUCUGUCAUGUCACUGCCAUUUUUCCAUAGUAGCCCUGAACGGACAAAACAAACACUGACUUGUGGCUUAUGUAUUUGUGUUGUGGCUUUUGUAUGACACCUCUGGGCCACCAUACAUGUACCCAAUAAGUACAGUAAUUCAGUAUGAAUAAAACAUUUACAAAAAUGUUAGUACAGGCAGAUAACAUUUUCUAUAUUUAUAGAAAAAUAAGUUUAAGACUUAAAAUAAUAAUUUGCGUCAUGCUGUAGAUUUGUUUUAAGGUAUAAUUUAAUUUGAAACAUAAAGCUUUUGUCAUUGUGUGUGAUUUCUCAUACAGGACAGAGAUGGAUAAGGCUCCUCCGAGUCCUUUUCUCAGAGUUUUUUAUUCCGGUACGGUCAGACGUCUGAAUGAUAUGGUGUUGGUUAGCACUUGCAAGAUGCAAGUUUACAAAUUCCCGUUUGACAUUCAGAGCUGUGACCUAUCUUUCAAGUCUGUCAUGCACUCUGGUGAGCCUGUAAUCUGUUAUGUUCUUGUAUGUCUUGUUGUAAUGUCUUAACUGUUGUCACAUGAGCACACACCAGAAGAUGCCAUAUUUAUACAUUCCUUUGUUGAGCUGCUGAAGAAACCUCAGUUUUACUUUUAUCUCCCAACACAGUCGAGGAAAUACAGCUUCAUGAACUUUUAGGCCCUUCAGAAGUCCUAAGGUGGUCACACAAGUUGAUGCGGACCCAGUACGAGUGGCUGUUCAUCAACAUGAGCAUCACCAACAAAAAUGUCAGCACUCUUGGCAUUGAACAAAGCAUGAUUGUUUACACUGUAAGUAUUUCUCAAUACAAACAUCCAGAGCUUGAAACUAUUUUCCAUCUCUCCUGACCACAAAGCUCCACCCAGAGGGUGGAAGGUGGAAUUCCUGGUACAGGGUAGGAUGGGUUGGCCAAGAUGGAGGUGGCCUUUCUGACCAAUGGCCUGUACCACAAUAUCACCAUGAAGAGGCGGUCUCUCCUGCACAUUGUCAACUUCAUGCUUCCUGUCCUGUUCUUCUUGUGUCUGGACUUGGCCUCCUUCCUGAUCUCAGACAGAGGGGGCGAGAAGCUCAGCUUCAAGGUCACUGUGCUGCUUGCUGUCACUGUGUUACAACUUAUUCUGAAUGAAAUUCUGCCUGCCACGUCAGACAAGAUUCCACUUAUAGUGACUUACUGUAUUGGGAGUUUUGCAUUGAUGAUGCUCAGCCUCCUGGAGACGAUUUUGGUGAUGCAUCUGAUGGACAAAGACUCUGCAUCCCAAGACAAUGAGGCAAACAAAGACCAAAGCCUGAGUGAGGACUGUGGGGACAAACAUGGCAGUGUCAACUUACACAGCUGUUUGAGAGACAAGAAAUGGACUCAAAGUGGGUCUGCCUGUGACGUGUCUACUGUUAAAUCUCAAUCUGAACUGCUGUCAGUGGCCAAAGAGGGUAGCAGCAGCAAAUUGACAGAGGAGUCCCAUGACUCUGAAAAGGUCUCAGAUGACCUGAGGGAGGUGUUGAAAACACUGACAGUGCUCCUCAACAGCAGGAAGGAAGAACAAAAGCCCGGCUACUGGACAAGAGUGGCUAAAAGAAUCAACAAAGUUUUCUUCAUUGUCUAUGUCACUGUGGCCGGUCUGUUUUUUGCUUAUAUCUUUUUAAAGUGGUACAAGGCAGAUGAUCAGUAGUGCUACAGUUGAUUGAUUGAAGUCAUUGUUCCAUUUAACAUGGACCUUAACACAUUUGUUGUCUGUGUUCACCCCUGUAGUUGCAGAAAAAAAUCUACCCCAUGUUGCUUUAUGUAUGCCAUUGAGGGUUCACAGUUGCUAUGAACCAACUACAUGGAACUACAGGGAAAUUUGUUUUUGAAGACUGACAGCAACUUAUGCUGCAGUUUACUGUGCUGAUUACAAAACCUCUGCAAUCAAAUGAUUACUAUUGUUGUUAAUGUCAUUCUAAGUCAGCAUUACUUUGUGCUAUUCCACUGUGAACAGAAAGUUCUAUCUCACACGGGCUCCGCUACGUAUCGGUAGCGACGUCCUAUUGGUCAGCUACAUGCACGAUAAAAUUUCAGUGGGCAAGUGCGUGCAUGUGAUUGGAGGAGGUAGUACCCUAGAGUCCAGUAGAGGGCUCCGCCUGUGCUUAUAGCACUAGGGUUACCAUAUCGUGACCCUCGUUUUAUAGCACAGCGCAGUCUCAGUCAAGAUCAGUUUUUCAGUUCACUUAAGUUUAUAGCUGAUCUUUUUUAAGCAAACCAAAUUGGUAUAACAGCUGACCCAAAAUUUUGACCUGCAAAUAAAUGAUUUUCUGACAGUGUUGAUGGACAAUUAAUCAGGUGUUGUGACCCCCCUCAAACUGCACGUUUAACAACAUCUGAUCUGGCAGAAAGUCGGCCUGAUUGUAAUAUUAGUCGGGAGCAAAAAUCUGGCUUAAUCCUAACAGUGUAAAUAUCAUACAAUGGAUACAUUUGAUCUGGUAUGGAUUAUUGAAUUACAUGUGUUGUAAAUUUUUCUUACAAAGAAAAGCCUACUGAUGUCUUCAGUCAUGUGACUCUUGCCUUGCAGGUUGUAGUGGACCUUUGAGAGUCAAGUCUCCUAUUCUAACAAAUUGUUCUGAUGCGGGGCUGGACUGGGACAAAAACUUGGCACUGGCAUUUUUGGCCGAGGCGGCCCACCAAAAUGUCGGACACCCACUCACAAAUACACCAUUGAUCCAUUUAGGGGUUCAGGUUUGGGGUGUGAUGAAACACUGAGAUGUAAAAUUUGCACAACAUUGUUGUCCAUAACUACAAGACAAGAAUAUGUAUUUAAUAGGCCUGCUAUUUCAAAAAAUAUUUAUAGAUGAAAUGUUUGAUAGGGGGGUCUGGGGGUCCACCCCUGCAAGAUUUUUAGCAUUAAACACUUCAUUUCCUGCAUUCUGGUAUGGUAAAAAAAAAAGUGUU